AUGGAGUCCAACCAGGAAUCGUCACUCUUCCUGGUGAAGAUCUUGGAGGAGCUGGACACGAAGCAAAACACAGUUUCUUACCAGGACCUCUGCAAGUCCUUAUGUGCGAGGUUUGAUUUAUCUCAGUUGGCCAAGCUCAGAAGCGUGCUGUUUUACACCGCUUGCCUAGAUCCUAAUUUCCCAGCGACUUUGUUCAAAGACAAAAUGAGAUGCACUGUAAACAAUCAGCAAUCAAAGAAAAUCAUGGUUGCAGCAGAUAUAGUAACAAUAUUCAACCUCAUACAAAUGAAUGGGGGAGUGGCCAAGGAGAAGCUUCCAGUUGCAAGGCAAAAAGUGAAGAAGAAAGAGUCUUUCGAGUCCUGUAGAUCUGACAUGGAAAUCUGCAAUAUGGCAGACUGCGUGCCCAACUGUGAGCUGAACGACCAGGAGUUUAGCCGGGGCUUUCCAGUCAGAAGGUCUUCAAAAUGCAGAAAGAUGGACUGCAAAGACUGUCAACAGUUUGUCCCCUCCUCAGAACCCAACUUUUUACUUGGCGUUAACAAGGAGAUGAAGGGCCGGGCUGCUUCUUUGGACAGACUGCAGGCGCUGGCGUCCUACUCCAUUGCCACAUCUCCACCAUGUGAGAUGCAGAGUACGUACUUCCCCAUGAACAUUGAAAAUGAAUCUAUUUCAGACCAGGACUCCUUGCCUAUAACUGCAGGCAUAAAAGAAACUUUCAUUUCAAACGACGAGCCGUUUGUGAUGCAGUCGUGUGUCCAGAAAAGAAAUAUAUUCAAAGAAGAUUUUCAUAAUCUGAUUACAAUAUCUCCCAACUUAAUACCAUCCAACAAAAAGCCAGAAGAUGGACACAGAGAGCCUCAGAACAGGAAAGAGAGCUCUAAGCAGGCUUUCUUCAACCACAGCUUUGAAAUGCCAUACAGCAGCCAGUACUUGAAUCCAGUUUAUUCUCCUAUACCAGAUAAAAGGCGAGUGAAGCAUGAAAGUUUAGACGAUCUUCAAGCAUCAACGUAUUUUGGCCCAACUACUAUUCUUGGGCCCCAGGACACAAAAAAGUGGACUGGAAAGCCAACCAAGCAAACUGCGUGGCCAGCUAAAAGCUGGAGUUUAAAUACUGAGGAGGUACCUGACUUUGAACGAUCCUUUUUUAAUAGGAAGCCGUCUGAAGAGAAGCCACGGUACCAGAGUUCGAACAACCCAUCUCCAAACUUUCCUUCAGCUGACAGGCACCAGUCCUACCUAAACGUGAAGGAUCAGCAAACAAUUAUACAGGCAAACUGUGCUGUGAAACCAAAUGGGCAUAAACCCAAGGAAAUUCCUUCCAUUCUAGACGUGGAGAAACACGAGCCGGUCAAAAAAUUUAAGGAUAAAAGCAUUAAUUGUACUUCUGUUCAGAUCUUAAGCAUUGACAGGACCACGAGUGUAGGGACACAGACAGAGCAGCAAGUUCUGGACCACAAGAAGUGCAAGGAUUUGUGUGCAGCAGGCCAAGGCAAGUAUGGAGAGCGGCACUCUCUCAAGCAGUCGGAUGAUGACUCUGAAAUUGUGAGCGAUGACAUCAGUGACAUUUUCAGGUUUUUGGAUGACAUGAGUAUCAGCGGGUCCACGGGAGUGAUGCAGUCUUCGUGCUACAACAGCACCGGUUCCUUGUCUCAGGUGCAUAAAUCAGACUGUGAGAGCUCGCCUGAGCACAAUUUGACUAAAAUCUCCAACGGGAGUGCCUGUAACAAAUUGGAUAAAGUGGUCCGGGCAGAUAUAAGUAACACAGAUGAUGAACUAAAAACAAGCGUCUGCAAAUUAGUUUUGAGGAUUGGUGAAAUAGAGAAGAAACUGGAAUCUCUCUCAGGCGUCCGAGAAGAAAUCUCCCAAGUCCUGGGAAAAUUAAGCAAGUUGGAUCAAAAAAUUCAGCAGCCAGAGAAGGUCAGCGUGCAAAUUGAUCUCAAUUCUUUGACGAGCGAGGCUGCGUCAGAUGAGAGCAACUCCCCGCAGAUAUUUCAGUGCCACAAUACUCCUCACGGAGGCAAACUGGAGAAUAAUCCGGAAUGGUGCUGCUCAGAUGCCAGUGGAAGUAACAGUGAGAGUCUUCGUGUAAAAGCUUUAAAAAAAAGCUUGUUUACUAGGAGGUCAUCGAGAUCAUUAACGGAGGAAAACAGUGCAACCGAAUCCAAAAUAGCCAGUAUUUCAAACUCUCCCCGAGACUGGAGGGCUAUUACUUACACCAACCAAGUUGGCAUUACAGAAGGGGAGAUGAAAGAGAGAGAUGGAGGAGAAAAUAAAGACUGGCACAGGAAAUCUAAAGAGGCAGACAGGCAAUAUGAAAUCCCACAGCCACAUAGACUCUCUAAACAGCCAAAAGAUGCUUUCUUGAUUGAACAAGUCUUUAGUCCUCAUCCUUACCCUGCCUCACUCAAGUCACACAUGAAAAGCAACCCGCUCUACACAGACAUGAGGUUGACAGAGCUGGCUGAAGUGAAACGUGCCCAGCCAUCAUGGACCAUAGAGGAAUACACAAGGAACUCGGGGGAUAAAGGCAAGAUUGCAGCAUUGGAUCUACAAACUCAAGAAUCUUUAAACCCAAACAACUUAGAAUACUGGAUGGAAGAUAUUUAUACUCCUGGAUACGAUUCCUUAUUAAAACGCAAAGAAGCUGAGUUCAGAAGAGCAAAGGUUUGCAAGAUAGCUGCCUUGAUAACAGCAGCAGCUUGUACAGUUAUUCUGGUCAUUGUAGUUCCCAUUUGUACAAUGAAAUCCUGA